AUGUCAAGCUCACAGGAUAUGGAGGGCAUCACGCAACGUGAGCCCGAAGAGAAGAAGCAGAACAACGGCAGUGGCGACGGAGAUAAGGACCAGAACAAGAAGCCCGACCAUGACGGAGAUGCCGAGAUGGAAGACGAUGCACCCGAAGAGGAGGAUAUUCUGGACGAGGAGGUUCUCAACCUCAGCACCCAGGACCUCCAAACGCGGAAACGACUACUCGAGAAUGACACCAGAAUCAUGAAGAGCGAGUACCAACGGUUAUCGCACGAGAAGGCCACCAUGGCAGAGAAGAUCAAGGAGAAUAUGGAGAAGAUUGCCAACAACAGACAGCUACCCUACCUCGUCGGUAACGUAGUCGAGCUUCUCGACCUCGACCCGACCGCCGAAUCUUCCGAAGAAGGUGCAAAUAUCGAUCUCGAUGCUACGAGAGUGGGCAAGUCUGCGGUGAUCAAGACGUCUACUAGACAAACCAUUUUCCUCCCGCUCAUCGGCCUCGUCGAUCCCGAGCAGCUCAAGCCUGGUGACUUGAUUGGUGUCAAUAAGGACUCGUACCUGAUUCUUGACACUCUGCCAGCUGAAUAUGAUAGCAGAGUCAAGGCAAUGGAGGUUGAUGAGAAGCCGACAGAGAAGUACAGUGACGUUGGUGGUCUGGACAAGCAAAUAGAGGAGUUGGUAGAGGCUAUUGUGUGGCCCAUGAAGGAGGCUGAGCGGUUCAAGAAAAUUGGCAUCAAGGCUCCAAAGGGUGCUCUCAUGUACGGCCCGCCCGGUACCGGCAAGACACUUUUGGCCCGAGCCUGCGCCGCCCAGACCGACGCAACAUUCCUGAAGCUUGCGGGUCCCCAACUUGUUCAAAUGUUCAUCGGUGACGGUGCCAAGCUUGUUCGAGACUGCUUUGCUCUAGCCAAGGAGAAGGCCCCGGCCAUCAUCUUCAUCGACGAGUUAGAUGCUGUCGGUACGAAACGUUUCGAUUCCGAGAAGAGUGGUGAUCGUGAGGUGCAGAGAACCAUGUUGGAGCUCCUGAACCAACUUGAUGGUUUCGCUUCCGAUGACAGAAUUAAGGUCUUGGCCGCCACCAACAGAGUCGACGUACUGGAUCCUGCCUUGCUGCGUUCAGGUCGUCUGGACAGGAAGAUCGAAUUCCCCCUUCCUAAUGAAGAAGCUCGCGCACAGAUUCUCAAGAUUCACUCGCGCAAGAUGAGGGUUAGCGAUGGUGUGAACUGGGGCGAGUUGGCCCGCAGUACCGACGAGUUUGGUGGUGCCAUGCUGAAGGCAGUUUGUGUCGAGGCUGGUAUGAUUGCCCUGCGCUCGGGAAAGAACAAGAUUGGUCAUGAGCACUAUGUAGAUGCCAUUACCGAGGUGCAGGCAAAGAAGAAGGAGACGGUCAACUUCUAUGCAUAA